GCUGAGACUGGAGUUUAUAAUUGGGCCGAGGGCUCCAUCAGGCUGAGGUUUAAGGUUGGGCUCUAUAAAGUAGAGUCCCGUGAAAGAACUUUGGUAAGAACAAUGUGGGUCAGGACGACGGUAACGAUUAAAAGAUGGAUUGAGAGGAAGUCUGACGUUUGGGAUGACAGCGAGAGCGAUAUAAGCAGUUUACCCAGCUGGGAGAGCGGACCUCUGCUGGCUGGUGUGGAUUCCACCACAGACUUCUCUUCCUUCUCUUCUGAAGGUGAAUACAAGGAAACGAACAGAUGCUGCUGGAAACAUAAGCAAUGUGCUGGGCACAUCAUCCAUCCCUUCGUGAACUAUGGCCACCACAACCUGCACCUCCACGCUGUCAACCACUGCAACUGUGAUCCUAGGCUGAAAGACUGCACAGAGAAGAUAAAUAGCAGCUCUUCGGAAUACAUGGGUCCAACCUGCUCCAGAGACAGGGGCCCAACCUGCUAUGACGUCUUCCAGACCCCUUGCUUUGAGCUCAUCCCAGAUGAGGACUGUGUGGAACGGCGGCUCUGGUAUAGCUGGUGCAAAAGUUACAGGCCUGUCUCCGUGGCAGUAAUCCACCAUCCCAUCCACCAUGAGUGUAGGGCAGAUGAAGAAGAGCAGGAGGAAGAAGAGGAGGAAGAGGAGGAGGAGGAGGAGGAGGAAGAGGAGGAGGAGGAAGAGGAGGAAGCAAGCCAGCCUCCCAUCCCAAUUCAGGUGGGACCCAGCGCACUGACCACUGACCAAGAAACCUGUACAGCAAAUGGGUCCCCUGACUCAGCAGCCCCCAUUACUAUCUGGCGCUCUGAAAGCCCCACAGGGAAAGGCCAGGGCAGCAAGGUAAUCAAGAAGGUAAAGAAAAAGGAAAAAGAGAAAGAGGAGGAGGAGACAACUUUGGAUGAGAAAACAAAAUUAAAGAAAAAAGUCAAGAAGGGCAAGUUAACUAAGAAGAAAAGUCCAGUGAAAUCAGAGUCUUCACCUCCAGAUUUGAGUCCAAGGGAGUUAACUAGAAUGUCAGGAGAGUCCAGCCAAGAAAGCCGGGAAGAGCAGGAGAGUGAGGAGAGUUACCGGGGACAGGAAGAACCCUCCAGCGAGGACAUUGCAGAGUCAUCACCCAAGAAGCGAGAGAAGAACAACACUGCCCAGGCCAAGAAAACUGGGACAAAGACCUCACCAGUCAGGAAAGUGUCCAAGAGGAAAUCUCCCCCAGUGUCCAACCCCAAUCUCAGUUGAGGCCAGUGCAACCAGAGUGAAGAAUAAAUGUCA